UUUUAAACAAUUUAUGUCACGCCACCUAAUAAGCGGUUUCCUAAUAGGCUUCCUUCCGUCACUACUAGGGAAUAGACAUAAUGAAUCGCUAUUUGUCGCCCGUAUAUUUACUACUUGUCACCCAUAAUUUUGUAGAAAAAGUCAAUUUUGCCCUUCAACACUUUGAAACCUAACUAAAAUAUCUGGCCGGAACUAUUGGCCGCGUUUUGGUGCCGCCGCUCUAGAGGACCAAACUGUCGCCGGUAUACCUCACCUUCCUCUUUUCUAUUCCUCAAAUCCGGCGACAAUCACCUUCGCCUUCCUCUUUUUUCCCCGCAAUUCCCGGCGGCGAUUCACCCUCCACCAUCUUCUUUCGCCAUGGGAGCAAGACCUCGGGAUGAGAUGGACGGAGUCCUUCGGUCCGACGUCGGCGUUCGGACGGGGUCCGCCCGCCGGCCUCGGACGGGGUCCGACCUCUCACAUCGGACGUGGUCCGAUCUCCCACGUCGGACGGGGUCCGACCUCUCGCAUCGGACGUGGUUCGAUCUCCCGCGUCGGACGGGGUCCGAUCUCGUGGGUCGAACGGGGUCCGAUCUCCGGCGUCGGACGGGCCGCCGGUGAAUAAAUUUUUUAUUGUUUUAAAUAUUUAGAAAUCUGAUAAUUAGGCAAAUUAAAGGGAGUAUUUUAAGGUAAGAUUGAUUUUUCCGUUGAUAUAUUUUGGUAGAAUAUUAAAGAGGAGUUUUAUCUCACCAAAAUUAAAGAAAGGAGUUUUUCCAUGGUAUAUAUAAAAGUUUACAUAAACAACCGUAAAAUAUUCCCCUAAUUCACUUGUCUUCCCCUAAUUGGCGUCCACAUUUAAUUUCAUUUACUUAAGACAUCCGAAAAAAUUUCCAUAAUUAACAUGUCCAUAACCCACGUCUAAUUGGCGUCCACAUUUGAAUUGUUAAUUAUUUAUUGAGUAAUGAAGUAGUUAUAUUGUU